CUCACCGGAAGUCGGUCCUUUCCCCGUUGUUCUGCGGCUGCUGCUAGUGUCCGUCAUGGCUCGGGGGCCGGACCGCGGGGGACCCUGGGGCGGGAGUGAGCUAGCUCUGCUCGUGGAUGCCCAGCCUUCCCUGAGAGGUGGGAACACUGAGGAAGAGACAAUGGCCCCUGUACUCCUGACAGCUGGAGCCCCCCAGGAAUUGGUGACAUUCAAGGAUGUGACCGUGGACUUCACCUGGGAGGAGUGGGAGUGCCUGCAGCCCUCUCAAAAGAAAUUGUACCGGGAUGUGACACUGGAGAACUACAGAAACCUGGUUGGCCUGGGUCUUGAGUUUUCCAAACCACAUGUGAUCUAUCAGCUGGAGCAUGGGGAAGCACCUUGGAAGCCGGAGGAAGACAUCCCCAGGGCAAGCCAUCCAGCCGGCAUCUCAGUGGCUGCUGUGAGUCCUUGUUUCAUGUUUGGAGGGGCUCCUGCUCGGCGUAUUGAGGCUGAGUGA